GGACUUGAAAUGUCAUUAUGACGCAUUGGUCGCACAGCUGUGUCAUGUUUUCGUUAUUAUUUCUGCAAAUUGUCGUUGAAUAAAAACGGGGAAAAAGACAGAAUUUCUAAUUAUCCAUUUAGAAGGUCAAGGAUAUGUGAUUGAGAUAAGAUGUCUUCGUCAAAAUCCGAAUCUCUGAAAGAUACAGUGACAGUGUUAAUUAACUCUGUCGGUGAUAACGAGAACUCAGUAAACAAUGUUGUAAUAAAAUCAUUGACUAAAAUAGCCAAUGCGUACCCAAACGAGGUGAUUGAAAUAUUUUGCGAAUUCUACAAGAAUACUGUGAAAGUAAACACUACGCAGCUUGGUAAUAUUGUCAAGGUCCUAGAACAGACAUGUGUGAACCAAGUAAAGAGGUUGGAGCCUGCUACAGCUGGCAACCUGGUGACGGCCAUGUUGCGAGCCAUGAUGGAGAAUGUUACCUACGAGCCAGUGGUACAAAUGGGCAGUUCUGCGGUGUUGGUUGCUGUAGGACAUGAGCAUUUGGAUUUGGUCCUGCGCUCCCUAAUCAACCAGCUAUCUCCAGCGUCAGUACCCCACUAUACCAUAGCCCAUACUCUUGGCACAUUAGCUGCAGUCAACACCCAUGGCGUUGUGCCUCAUAUCAAGGAGAUUCUUAGCAAAAUGCUGCCUUUACUGUCCUUGGUUAAAGCUGAUGGAUUGAAGCAGGCGUUUGCUUAUGCUUUCGGCCACUUUGCAGUCGCCGUCUCAGAACAAAUCGGCGACAACGUAGAAAACGACAACAUUACAUCAAUCAAAGACAAUUUCGUGACAGAAUUCACUAUAAUAUUCGACGUACUAUACAACCAAUGGCUUGCUUCCUACGAACCUAAAGUUUCCGAAUCAGUUCUUGAAGCUCUAGGACCAAUUACAAGACUAAUAUCAGAAAGGCAGUUCAAUGAGACCGUGAAUAAAUUCGUGCUUUCAUUGCUGUCUUUGUAUCGAAAACCAGCAAUUAAUUUCUACUACAUAAGUCAAUGUAUAUCGUACUUACUAUCUCCAUCGCCAUUGAAUCCAAAAUUGAGUUUGAAUGACAGCACAAUUAAUUCUAUAAACCAUGUGCUAUUUAAUCUAGUGGUUCUAGAACCUGAUUAUGAUCAACCUCAUACGGUGAAGAACCAUUUUGAGGUGCUUAGGUGUUUCGACCAUAUGGCUGGCCAAUUCCCUGAACAGACUAUAGAGAGUUUACUCCAUCAGUGUAAGAAUAACCAAGAGAAAGAUAGAAUGAAGGCUGUGAUCAUUCUUACACAUCUGACCACGUCUUCUCAAGUCUUUGUCGAAAAUUAUGCGGCUAAGUUCAUAGUGUUACUCAAAGUCAUGACGGCAAUGGAGCAAGGAGUCAAAAUGAAGAAGUUAUUAGUCAAAGCUAUAGUAGGACUUGUCUACCGAAACUGUAUAACGACUCCUGAAGACUUUACAAUGGUGGAGUUCAUAAUAAAACAUUGUGGCUACGAAGCACCGGCAAAUGUAUCCAAAAAUGAUGUCUUGGAUUUACAUGAUACGUGCAAGAGUUCUUUAAUCCUCAUGUGCAAUACUGUUACCAGUGUCAGGUCCCAGUUACGUAACUUGCUGUUAAUAGCCUUAACGGGCGAAGAGUUCACAGCAUCAAUGGCAACUGUCUGCCAUUGCCUUACUUCGCUCCUGCAGAAUAAUUCUGACGUCAUCGCAGAUGACCAAUCAGAAAAAGAAAUCGAAAUGAAAUGCUCUCCUGAUCUAGUCUUCGUUCGGUGCUUAACACAUGUCGUAGAACCUGAUCAGGUGGAGAGAAACAAGAGUAUUUUGGUCUUCUUAGAAGAAUAUUCAGGAGAUGUCCAUAAGAACCUGAAAAAUUCUUGGACCAUUGAGAUUCAGAGGCUGUUGAAGUUUGUUGAUACAAGCGAAUCCAAAGAGCAGUGGCAUAGUAUGUUGCUUGACUUGUUAGUGUCUGCUGUGGAACAAGUAAAUAGCAACAAGUGGGUGGAAUUUAUCGCUACAUUGAUCUCACAGCAGAUUCUUUCUAAAAAACAGUCCCCCAUGAUCAAAGGGGUAUCCUUGCAGUAUUUAGCAGUGUUGUCCUGUCACAUGUCGAAUGCGGCAGUCGUUGAAAAGAUCCUCAAAAUAAUACUGCUAGCUUUGAAAUCCAUUCCAAUGGAAAGCAGCGAUUAUGUCAGCAAAGCUGUAGGAAUCGCUUCGAGGCAACACGGAGAAUUUAUUCUGAAUGAGUUGGACGCGAUUUAUAAAGAAAACGAGUCUAAAAGAGGGAGCAAAAUACUUAAUUUCCUAUCUUCGAGACAGUCCAAAACUGAGGCUGAGUUGGGUGUAGUUCGGUAUGCAGUUAUCACGUGUUAUGGGAAAGUGGCGGUCGAUUGUUUAGAUGUCCACGUUUUGGCGAGGUUAGGGGAUAAUGUAACUUCUAUACUAUUUGAGAUCCUCAAGUCUAACCCUCCUUUCGACCUUUGCAAAGCCAGUGUGACCACUCUGUAUGAAAUAAGCAAGGCUUUACACCCAGCUGCUCACCAUAACGUGGUACUGAGGAAUCGCUGGCAAUUGCUUAACGCAGUCCUGGAACAAAUUUACAACUCCAACUUGAACAAACGUAACGUUGAACUGUACCCGAUCAUUGUCAAAGCUUCGAAAGCCCUCACAAAACUACAAAAGGGAAUAUUACCAGAAGAAAGAAAUACGAUUUUGAGGGUGCUAUUCAACAGUAUCUUUGGCGAAUUAUCUUCGUUCAAACGAAAAUAUGAGAUCGAAGGAAACGGCGACAAGAAUGAUAAUUUGGCCAAAACUCUAAACGAUAGCCUUACACUUCUGCACCAAUUGAUUAAGGAACUGGUCAUCCAAUCCACAUGUUUAAGCACAAUCGAUGAUUUAAUCGGACUCCUAAUCGAAUGGAUACGACAUGAAAACGACGAGAUCCGAACAGCAUCGAUCAUGAUUCUCCAAGUCAUAUUCGAUACCUAUAUCAAAAACGUGAAACUGAAUUAUGAGACCCCUAGCAAGUUUGGACAAAUGGGAUACUUAUUAGGGCUUAUAAUACCCGGGAUAGCCGACACCAACUUCCCUGUAAGACUGACAACUAUAGACUGCAUUAAAGUGAUCAUUCAAAUCCAGGACUUAUACGAAGGGCAUACGAUAGGACCUGAUGAUGAAUGCAUGACGAAUUUGGGAGAUCUUCAGAACAAUAUCCUUACGAAUGACUUAAACAUGAUCAGUGAUUAUUGUACGGCGCUUUGUGAGGCUAUAUCUCCGAAGAUACCCCAUCAUCAUAACAUGCAGUUUAUAGAGAGUCUGUUGGAAGGGUAUGAUGACCAGGAGUUCAGGAGUGUGGGGAUCAGUUCUAUUCUUGAUGCGUACUUUGCAAGUAAGGGUCAGGAUUUGUACCAGAGCAUUGAGCGGAUAAUGGAGGUUAUGUUGGCUACGAUGGGUGAUGUGGGAGUGGAGGCGAGACAGAGGCUGAUGAGGCCGAUGACGUCAUUGACUCGUCAUCAUUCGAACGCUGUUAUAGCUGUGCUGUUGGCGCAGAAGUUGCCUUUGAAACAGAGCGUAUUGGCUUGUUGGCGCAGCUUAGCCCGCGACGAAGGCUUAUCCGCAGCCAUAACAGACAACUUCUUGCGACUGAUGACGUCAGUCGAGCUAUAUGAAGACCCUUACCACAUUACUGAGCAUCAUAUUGCCGCUCUCCAGCCCUUAACUCUAAUAAGUGCCUUCGGAGAGAUGCUCCAAGAAGAAACGAUGAAGCCGACCUGCAUAGCCAAGUUCUCCGACCUAUUCUCCGUGUUAUAUACGACCCUCGCUUGCUAUAUCGACGCGGAGUCGCCUGCCUACUCACCGCCUACGAACAAGAAUCAAGAACGAUUUGGUUUUGUACCGAAUAGAGACGCGAUUAAGUUAUCCCCGGCGAAAAUCACGGUGCAAACUUUUAACGCGUUCUUGGAGCAGGCUGAUUGUCAUAAGGUCCGCGAAGCUUGCUCUCUAUGCCUAAGUAUAGAGCACAGCGACUCGUCCACCACAUUACUGGACCUAGCGCCGAUACUAGCCGGGGCCCUGUCCCGCUCGUGCCCGCAGCACUUGUCGCGGCUGGUGUCGCGCGUGGCGGCGUACGCGCGCUGCCCGCUGCCGCCGCAGCGCUGUGCGGCGCUAGCGCUGCUCGCCGACCUGCUCAACUACAGAUGUAACGACAACCCGGUACUAAUAGACACAGUGCUAGCGACACUGAACACGGGCUGGAAGGACGAGCACGACCGAGUCCGCGCGACGUGCCUGCGCGGCGCCGCGAACAUUGCGCAACUGAAGCCGGAACAUCGGAACCAAGCGCUGCCCGCGGCUUUGGCGGCGCUAAGUCAGGGCGUUGAUGCGCAGAAGACUCAAGCACCGACAGACAACGUACCCCUCGCCGCAAUACAAGGUCUCAGCCGUCUUCUAACAGAACUAGACAAAAUCGACAAAGAAUACGAGAGAGAACUGCUCUCCAUAUCCCAAAAAAUACGUCCGUUCAUGAACACCGAGUGUGCUCAACUGAGAGAGCAUUCUAUCCGACUGUUCGGAAUUGUAGCGGGGAGGGUGAAGUCUGAUGCGUUAGUGGAACAAGGCGUCAGUUCUCUGCCUUGCUUCUUGUUGCAUCUGUGCGAUAAUAACCCUAAUGUUGUCAGAGCCAGCAAAUUCACUCUAAAACAAGUCUUCAAAACAUUCAACGUGAAGAAAUCCAACGAUUUCGUCCAAACUCACCUUUUGGACGAAGGUCGUCUGUAUUUGGACGAGUUUCUCUCCGCGUUACUGAGACAGUUAGCGGACGAACUCCCGGGCAGCGUGGUCAAGUGCUUGCAAACUGCGGUUAACUAUCUGCAUUGUGCUAGAGAGGAGAUUAAACCACAUCCUCCGUUGUUGCUUGGCCUCCUCUACUCCGAACUAUACCGCAUCCGCGAGAAAAACCCGGACGAGACCGAACUAGACCCGAACAUCACCCGGACAGCAAGAACCCGGUUGCUACAACUCAUAAAAGACCCAAAUCCGCUAGUUCGUCAAAAUUCCGCCAUGGCUUUGGCAAAUAUAUGCCUUGUGACGGCCAUGGACGGAUGACCGAGAGUCGUAAGAAUAGAAGUCGAAAGGUAUGUGAUGAGGAGGUUCCUAUUCGAAUUCCAGCGUUAAUGUAAGGUGAUAAAGUCGAUUUUUGUUUGUAAGUUUUAAUUUCAAUGUUGGUGUUUUAUUUUGUGAUUCUGGUUUAGUUUGAGACGUAAGAAAGGUGCACUUUGAUUAAAUUAAUAUACAAAUAUUCUUGAAUUGAUUUUUUUUGUGGUGCUCAGUCAUUUUUCAAAUAGGAGGCACGUUGUGAUAAAAUAUUUUAUUGAGGCAAAAGGUGUGCCCAGUAACAACACAGGAUAAAACCUUUUUUUAGUUUGUUAUUGCAGAUCCUGCGAAAAUUAAUAAAAAGUUUUAUAUUCGUCUCAAUGUAAACUAAUUCUUAUGUACAUUUAUAAGCACUAUAAUUUAAUUCGUUGGCCUUACGGGACUGAUUGUUAAAUGAAUACACAAAAAAUAUGAUUAUUAUAAUAAAUAUUUGAUGUUUUAUCUUAUUCGCAAUUUUUCAAAAUAUUUUGCAAUUAUUUAGUGUCAUUUUCAUCGUUCUUCAUAAUAAAAUUACGCACCAUUUAAAAAAAAAAAGAUAUUAUAAUUAUUAUCACCAGCUUUUUAAAUUAUGAAUUAUUCUUUCUUUGGACUUAUAAUAUAAGAGACUGAAUAUAAAUUGUGAACAGUCAAAAAGGUAAAAAAAAAAAUAUAAGUAAGGAAUAUUAGUAAAAUUUUAGUGUUGUUGCAAAAAUUAAAAAAAAAUACAUUUUUAGAUAUUAUGUUGGUAAAAGUCCCACUUAUGGUUAUGAAAUUUAUAAUUUUGUUUGAACACUCCAAUCUCAAGAACUACUAGACCGAUUAAAAAAAUAUUCCAUAGUUAGAGAUACCCCUUUCAUAGAGGAAGGCUAUAGGCUACUUUAUCUGGGUGCGGGAAGUUGUUCCCUCAGGUUGCGGGUAGAACCACAGGACACAGCUAGUUAUUAAAUAAACCAACAUCUAUAGAUUAUUACGUCAUUAUCUGAAAGAAUUGACGUAACCUUAAAUAAUAAUUCCGUCGAUAACAUAGUCAGUUUAAUUGUUAAUUCAUAAUAAAAAAUAAUAUGUGAUAUUGA